AUGGGCUCCGUGACUUCUGCUCUAACAAGGACGAGAAACGCCUUGGUGAAAGUGGGUUCGGAACCGGAAAACCAUGACCCAGAGAGGAGCCAGUCCGCCCCGGAGUCAGACCGGGCUAAGAAGAAGAACUCUCGGUUCAACGUGUCGAGCCAAACCGGACGGCAGGGUUCCGGACGCCCGUCGCUGUCCGAGGUGCUGAGCAGACAGGACUCUGACGGCGUCAGGCAAACUUCGAGGAAAAAGACACCUGAGGGUCCACAGACAGGUGAGUGGAGCGUGAAACGUGGACGAGGUUAUACCCACCUGUUGCACUAGUGGAAACUCAGGUUAGCUGAAAACAGGCAAGGAAAUUCACUCUGUCUGUAAAAAUGACCCUUCUCAACUGGUUCUCAACUGGUGGGUCCCGACACAAAAGUGGGUCGCCGACAUGUUCUGGAUGGGUCACGAACAGCUGGUCAAAAAAAUUUAAUAUUUAAUGUGAUAUUUUACUUUUUCACAAGCAACCUCAGUAGUUGCCGUCCUCAUGUUGUCCCCUUCAUGUGCUCUGCAAAUGCACUUUACUCAAUAAAACAAGUGGAUUUAUGUUAAAGAUUAGAGUCUUUAAAGGUUUUUUUUAUAUAUAAAAAAUACAUUUGCCUGGUUUGAAUUCUAUAAAAGUGGGUCUCGACUAAAGGACCACGGGAAAAUAUGGGUCCCUGAGUGAGACCAGUUGAGAACCACUGCAUUAGGCUUCUGAACUGAAUGUUGUGAUAGAUUCCCCAACUUAGAAACUCAAGAUAAGAUUAAAAAAAUAAAGGUACUCCAAAGAAAGAUGUUCCUCCAAAAUUAUUAACUUACAUUUCUCUUAUUUACUGCUAAAAGGCCUACUUUAACUGUCUUUACUUUAGUCCUGUUUUAAUUUUUAGACUUUAAUUGAACUAUUUCUAAGCUUUACAGCUACAUUUUCUCAUUUAAACACUUUGUAACUUGUUCAAGCUGGAAAAAAACACAAAUUGAACCAAAAGCACAAGCGAUGUAUAGGUACAGUGAGACGCUAAAGUAACAUUGACACUGGCAGGGACUACUUUGCUGCUAUAUUUAUGUAUAUGAUGCUCAAAGUUUCUUUACCUUUUGAUUUUUCUCUUUUUGUAUCUAUACUAUACUGCUGUAGAUUUAGAAUUUCCCCCUGUGGGACUAUUAAAGGAACAUCUUAUCUUAUCUUAUCAUGUCCUGCUAAUGUUUUGACUAUGUGAGUAUAUUUAAUGCAAAGUUUCUAAAAGUUUUCUAUGUAUAGCAGCUCAAUUGCUUAUAAACAGUGUACUGUUUAGUUUUGCUCUUGUUUGAGUUGAUGAUCACCUAAAGUACUGCUCUGACGAGGUGAAAACGCCGGAGUGAAUGAGAUAAAACAAAUGUUUUAUGGCUGCAGAUUGACAAAUUGACAAACGUUUUCUUAUGCUUGAGUAAAACAAGACUUUUCCCUCUAAUUUUUAAAACACCCAGGCGUCUGACGCAGCUGGUGUGCCACCUAAAACCGCACAUCUCUGUGGUUCAAUUCAUGGAUUUAUCUGUAGAUGAGAGCAACUGGUCACUUCAGAGGAUUACUGUGAAAAGAGGUAUUUACCUAAUGAAUGCAGAGCUCUUUGAAGGCCAGCCUCAAUGCAACAUAUCUCCACUCCCAAAACAUCUCUUUGAUGUUUGAGGUGUCACCCAGAUAAAUUACAGCCCUAUUAAUUUUCGCACAUUUGGAUGUGGAUCUGCUUUUUAGUUUGGAUGCAUCGUAUUUUUUUCACUCCCAUGAAUAAGCCUCUCUUGUGCUGAGAAUGUACAUCCAAAAUCUUUCAGUCGUCUAGUUUCAUGGUGACAUAUUUGAAGAGGUUGUCUUCAGUGAUCCAGAGAGCAGUUAUAACUUUGAUUCAGUGAUGUAGCAUAAUUUUUUUUACCUUUCCUUAUUUAUAUCCUUCGUUUGGUCAGUGUUUCCUUUGCUUGAACCUGUUUAUCGUCAGCCGUCACCACAGCUGCCUCCUGUAGUUCCAACUCCCUCCAUGUCUUGCCCAGAGGAAUAAACUUAUCCCAGGCUGACUCCUAAAAUACCAUCUGUACUGGGGCGUUUCCAUGACCGUAUGGCUGUGUAGACUCCCGUCGAGUUUCCUCUCUUGUCCUCAGUGGUGUCCAUGUGUGCUCAGGAGUCUCCCCCCUGACUCUCAGCUGACUGCACACUCAACUGCUACCUCCUGAGGAACAAAGUACAGACACCCACCACCUCAUGUGGUUGAGUCCCUUCAAUGCUUGGCACAUCCACUGGUAUAAAAAGGAUCUCAAUGACUGCUGAGUCCUGAUGUGAGGAAAUUGCAGAAAAGAGUUUGAAAUCAGCUCUGACAACUAUAAGCCACUUUCACCUUCACUUUGGACGAGUGCGUCAUUUGAAUCACCGUCAGGGCUGUUACAGCUCCCAAGGCUACAAAACCAGGGUGGCAUGGGAACUGCCCUAGAGUGUGGAUACAAUCAGCGAUGUUGAAGAGCUGCAAUUACUUCAUCGUUGAUUGGCACAAGAACUAGGUCAUAUUCAGAGGGUUUCCUGUGGUUUACAAGUAGCUGGCAUUGUCCUCUGAGCUCAUACUACUCAGACUGGAUGGUAUUUAAUAAGUGUUUUACAUUCGGACCAGAAACAGUGGAGUAAAGUGCAUUCGAGAUUGCAUAUCGACAUAAAUGAAAAAGAUUGUGCCAAAUCACUCUCGAAGUUAUGUAAUUCAAAGGGCAUGUUGAGUUCUCGUGGCGAAAGUGUGAUGAAAUUUCUUAUCGAGGGGAUAAGAAGAGGCACUGCCUAAAGUGCCAAAGACAAGGAAAGGAAGUUUUCUUCUUCAGGUGAGGGUGUCACUGAAGUCAUGUUCAUGUUGUCUGUCUGUCUGUCACUUCCUUUCUUUGUCCAGAAUACAUGUCUUUCAUGAAAGGAUAAAAAGGUAAAAAGCCAUGAUCACCAAUAGUCACUGAGACAGAGAAGAGAGAGUGAAAAGAGACACAGAGAAUAAAAACAAUAAAAGCAGUCAGGGUGUGUAAAGACAGCUUGGAUGAACAAAUAAACUUCCCCCAGCUUCACAGGUGCAGGGAGAAUCAUGUCUUGUGUCGUGAUUGGUAAUUCAUACUCAUAAAAAUAGAGUUAAGAUUUCCAAUUGCUCUCGUGAACCAAAUCUCAUGUCUACUCUUGUCUUGUAACAUGAGCUGCCUUCCAAUCGUGUGCCAUCCUAAAAAAAGUUGACUUUUUCAAGCUUUCAUAGCAAGGACAAGGAAUAGAAUUGGAAACAGGAAGAAAAACAGGAACGACACAUAAUGAAGUUGCGUAAGGUAGGAGACAAAUGUUUGGCUGUUGCCUUCAGUGUGUAAGCACAGUAUUUACAGUGCUAAAAUGCUGUACCACCAGGAUGUAAACAAGCACAGAUGAGAGAGGAUUUUCUUGUAUCAUGUUGUGGUUUGGUAGUAUUUGGGUUCAUGUAAGGAAGAUCAAGUUGUGUGUAAGCAGUGUCUGGUUCGACGGACAGACAAGCACUCAGACAGUGCCACUGCCACCACAAGUAUGUGGACACUCAACUCCAAGGAGGACUGAAGGCUGGUGGAGCUCUGCAAACUAAUUUGACAUAGUUUUACAGAGAUUUUGACUAUUUUCUGUAUUUUUUUCUCUAACCUUCAGACUUGCCAGUAUGUCAGUAUUGAAAUGUUUGUUUAAACGACAAGGACAUCACUCGCUUUGGAGCAUACCAAAUAGUGAUAAUCUGUAAUGAAGUUGCAAACAGAAGUACAGCAACUUAUAGUUUUCAUGAAAACUUUAUACACUGAAAAUUAAAAUUGAGCAGGACAUCAAAGGACAAACAAAGUUGAGAAGGUGUCUUUAUCAGGGACUCAAAAAGACAUAAUAUUAUGGGGAACAGUGUGCAAUCGGGGAGUCACGUGGCAGAGUUGAACAACGGAAAAAGAACCCAAAUGCAGAACAAAAAAUGAUCUAUCCAAAGAACGAAAUAAAAAGCAACAAAAACUUUCUUCAAAAAUGUCCAACUAAAAAAAUCCAAAGACAAAAUCCAACAAAAGUCACUGGGGGAAAAUACCACAAGGAACAACUGGGGACACAAGCAUAUGCACACAUCAACAUACAAUGAACCAACAAGAACAGAGGGGAAGACAGUGACUAUAUACACACUGGGAAACGAGUAACAGGUGAUUCAGAUGAGACGCAGGUGAGACCCAUGGGUGAUUAAGAAAGGAGGGAAAACUAAGGAAGUUAACACAAGGAAUCAACUACGACGAAAUAAAAUAGGAAACAAUAAAAGCAGAUAUAAAGAAUAAAACACAGAGUACAAAAGGGAAACAGGGUCAAACACAAACUGAAAACUCACAAGACUGGACUUGCGUCUUCUCUGUUUGUAAAAAAUAAGAAUGUGUCGAUUUGAUCAAAAAUAAAAAUAGAAAAUAAAACAGAAAUCUAAUACAAGAGCUGUGACAUGCAAUGUAGCCGUGACUCAUGUCAUAAGUAAUUCAUACCAAUUUAAAAUGACAUCAGAUCUAGCAUGUGUGCCCCAUAUGGCAAACAUGUUUUUCAUCUAUUCCUUCAGCUUCAGACCCUUUCAUGUCUGAUUCACAAUGAGAGGGGGACCUAUUGGGGGACAAGAGAUGCAAGUGUAGUGAGAGAGGAGCAUAAACAAGAAAUCAGAAAAGAGUAUUGUCCAUUAUCGGCGCAGAAUUUGGCAACCCCAAGCACCAUGAAUUAUGCUAGUCUUAAUGGAAGGUUAAAUGUGCCUGAAUAUCAAUUUCAGUUCAGGAGGAUGUACGAUAUUUAAGUAAUACAGUUAAAAGUUGUGAGGUGAGAUUUAUGGGUGUUAGUGGAAGACUGUGGUUCCCAUUUACAAUCACAUUGUCUAUACCAUCUAGUUGUUGUUAGUACACAAAUGUGUUUAAUAGUUCGUUCUGACUAGUCGGUUCUCCAUAACAAUGGUCUAUUAUGCCAUGUUGUCAUGGAUACAGCUCUAGUCAAAUGCUGUGUUCGAGUUACCUCGGAAGUCAGAAGUCGGAGCUGAAAAUGACGUCACACCCAAGUUCCCAGCGCUUCGGUUACCAAGUCGGAAAAAAGCAAAAUCGAAGGCGGAAACAAGAUGGCUUCAUCUACGAAAGUUAUUUUAGCGCUUGCCUUGUCCGAAUAUGAGGCAAGUGCUGAAAUAACUUUCAUAAAUGUUUUGUAGAUGGCUGUAGCCAUCUUGUUGCAGGCCUCCGAUUUUGCUUUUUCAGACUUGGUGUGACGUCAUUGUCAGCUCGAACUUCUGACUUCUGAGGUGACUCGAACACAGCAAAAGACUCAAGCGGACUUGCUUCAAUUACAUUUACCACGAAUGUAAAUGUUCAGGUCAGUUUGAGUCAUAACAGUUCGCUAAGAUGGUUUUGAAAGGCUCUAUUUCUUAUCGUGUGUCUCAUACUUGUGGAUCUUAUUGUAGUUUAACCAUUGCUCUGUGGAACUUGACUGCUUAUUGUACUUAUUUAGCUAUUUAUUGCUGAUUCUGCUGAUCUGUGAGUACUGACAAGGGAAUGUGGUUGUCUACUGGCUUCCAUUAAUGUCUUGCACUUGUCUGGUUUGUUUGUCUGCUGAUCUGUGUGUUUGGACGGAUCAAAUGGCAGGGUAAGUGUGAACGGAAUUGGCCUUAGUGGAAAAAUAAAGUCUGAAUCUGUAUCUAAUGCUAACAUGACUGUUACCAAGGAGACCGCUCAAACUGUGAGUGUUACAGGCUGUUUAUCAGUGGUUCAUCUUGUUUGGGGCUUGCUAGCUCCUCCACGUAUUAUUAUUUUCAAACUACCAAGACCUAGAUAAAAACAAACGUUCCUACAAUGAUUAAAUCCAGAGUGCCAACAUAUCAAUGUUUGUUUUUGCCCAAGAGGCUACAGACAGAGGUGAAAUGUUCCAGACUCUUCAUCCAUGACUGGAUUGAUAUCAAAUGUAGAAUCAAAUUGUCCCUAGUGUUGUCUUUGCCAUUGGGAAUUGAUUACUGUUGUUGUUGAGUUUUGACAAAUCAGAGUGAAGUAUUUAGCACACACAGGUAAUAAUCCGCUAUGACAACCUGCUCAUUAAACAUUAUCCUCUACUGAACAUCCAUGGCAUUGCACUAUUGCCAACAGUCUGGUCCUGAUCCUAGAGACCCUUCAGUUUCCCUUUAUAAAGUUAGUACAGGCAGUGUAGGACAGGAUACAUGAACACUUGUGCAGAACAUUUUGGAACGAAUUUACCACAGCAAUGUUAUUUAAUAUUCUACUGUUUGCACAUACCAAGCUGUGUUCGCAAAGAUACUAUUUCUUUGAAUUAAAAUGAUCUUAUAUGAGAUUGUUUCUAUUUUUACAUACACGGAAAAAGGCAGCCAAGCAUAUGGUUUUCUAAAUUUGAGUGCUCUUUUUUUUUCAAUUAACACCCUUGGCAGGUGUUAAGCUCAGCUAUAUGAGCCCCUCUAUUGUUAUGUAGCAUCUGUGACCAUGCAGGUAUUAGCACAACCUGCUGUGCUUUCCCUGAGCCUCCAACAUCAUGUCACUGUAUGUGACACUGUCAUAAAUAUGCAGAAUUUGUGGAGUCUUCUGACUUCUCUUCGGAGGAUUUGUGUGUUUGUUUGUGUGUUAAUGCCUGAUGCUAAAUAAACGUCUACAUUGCUCUGGCCUUUUGACCCAACACUGAUAUGACCACUUUCAUCCCUUUGAUAUGGAACCAUGCUGGCCCAGAAAUCAUUAGCUAAACUUAUGGACUAUAAAGUUCUUGAAUUUUCUCGCUGUUGCCAAGACCCAGAUGACAGUUCAUGCUCUCUGUUUUGUCAGCUCAUUUCCCCCAGGUUUCCAACACAGGCUAACAUUACCCUUAAAGGUGCCUCUAAUGAGUAUUUAGCUGGGGAAAAGCCGAGCUCCCUGACACCCUGUGUGUCUUAAUUACACGACUGUGUCACUGUGGUGACAGUGGUAUGGGGACUGACAAAGUGUAUGUCGUUCCACAGUCUAGGGGAGACCUCUAAUGAGCUUGUUUUUCUCUCUGAUUGCGUAGUUGUUGUCAGGAAUCGUUUUGUGCUUCUGGGACACAUUACUCAAUCAUAAAGCCCCAUCACAGUUUAUGUUUGCCUGAAUCGCACAAUGAAUUGAGGGUUAAAUGUCAGUUUGAAGCAUUUUUUAAAAAUCAUGCAAACAUUACACUUUCAUUUGUUUUUGUAUUUAAUCAGAUUUUUAUGGAUUAUCUGUUUUCUAAAAACAAAUAAUCAAAGUAAGUGGAAUUUUGGAGUCCUUUUCUAACCACAGCAUUGAUGUGGCUGUUGAAGCAAUGGAAUUAAUUUGGUGCAAGAGGCUUUUUCUCAUCCCCCAAGUUAGUCCUCACCUCCCCUUUAUUCUCAUGGCUGAUUAAUGUCCGUUGAUGAUGGCCUGUCCUGGUGUUUGAUGGCCAGAUCAAAGGUUGAGCAACACCAAAUGGACAUACAGCAGAAGCAAGCAGGUGCGUUUUUGUGCCUACAAUCCAUUGUAGCACUGGUUUGUUAAAACGGAUAAAGUUUAUUUCCUGGACUCCCCUCUCCAAAAAUAAACAGAUAGAUUUAAAAGAAUACAUCAUAAAUGUUUAAAUGUGGAUAUCCAUCAUUUUAAAACAGAAUAAAUUUUGUGGAGUUCAUGUGUUUUCUGAACAGGUGUAGGUGAGCCAGACAGAAACUAAAACGAAUGCAGUGAUAUGACACAAGUGUCCCAGCUAUUAAAAAAAAAGAAAACAUGCAAUGCAUGCAGUAAUGAAUGCUGUUUGCCAUAAUAACCCCUUGUCGUCCUUGGUGUAAUGUAUGCAAUGUAUGUCUGAAAGGUCUUUCUGUUGCCUAGUGACAGCGACAUUGCCUCGGUAUUGACCCUUGAAGAAAAUGGAUCUUGACAAAGAUUCAACAGACGUAUGGAUGUAGGAAACACCUUUCAGAGCAUUUGUUGUACUUUGUGCCCCUCUUUAAAAUGCACUCCUACUAUUAAAACACCUACUAUGACACAGCCUAUGUUAUGCAUUAUGCUAGACAAGAGUGAACACUGAGUAGCACAUACUUGGGAUUUGUGUCAUCAUACUGGAUCAACAAUCGUGAGUCACAGUUUCCUGUUUAGCAGACUUAAUACAGGCGGUAUAAAGUUUCACUGUAAACUUCAAAACACAAUCAUAAAUACAGAAAAAAAGCAUAAAAAUAUUUAGAGAGUACAAUACAUGCAGAGCUGAACAUCUUCAAAAGUCAUUUUGUUUGACAGACUAAAAGGUCUUUUCACACUGGGAGCGUUUUUUUCGUGUAAUUAUUUCUGAAGUCAAUAUUCUUUUUCAAACCCGUAUCCUGUCGAAACAAGCGUUCACAUCAGCAAUGUUUUCCCGUCCUGUGGUAUUGCGGCAUUUUUCUUUUUCGGAUCACGGUCGAAUUUUCUAAAGUUUCGCAAACUGUGUGUCCACUUCUGACCAAUCAGAUUUCGUGGAUUUCCAACAUGGCCGACCGGCUGAUUGUUUACGUGUCAGAGAACAGAGUGUUUUUUGAUAAAAAACACAAAUAUUACAAAAAUUACAACCUGAAGGACAACUUGUGGAGAGUCAUAACGUCGGAUUUCUCAUACGACGAUGGUUUGUGUGCUUUAACAGUUUGCUAAACGUCUUUGUUUUAACUUUCAUCUGUGCUAAGUAACUUUAGCUCGUAAGCUAACCUGUUCAGAUACAACAUACCAUAUGUAUUUUCACUGUCUCAACCUCAAUCGUGUUGCUGUCACAGCACCAUUAGGUCUCGGUUGUUACCUUACGUUUAUGGAUUAUAGUUUAAUGUGCUUAUCUGGUACUGGCCCCGACUCAGUACAUGCUAUCAUGACAGACAGACAUCUCAACACUAGUGUCUAAUCAGAACUGAAAACACUCGCAAAAUCACACCGUGCUUGAUGUGUAUAGUCAGGCGCAUCAAAAUUCGCCUCUGAAUAUUUCGUAAUUUCGUGUCCUAUAUUUGCGUCGUCCUCGGUGUGUGAGGUCGUUAAAUCUUAACAAGUCAGUGUUGAAAGACUAAGAACCAGAGUUUCAUAUGAGCUACAUUCAUUUUAAAUCGGGGGGCUUGCUAAUCUGCCGUAGUUGAAUAUUGCAGCACCGCCCCUGAUCUUCACUCAGGGUUGGGUUUCGGGUCUCGUAAACACACUCAAAGUUGGAUGUAUGCUCUCUCUUCCAAUCAGACCAGGUCUACUCCAGAAAGUCUUCCAAUUAUAUGUGAAGUCCCCAUCGUUUGCUGGACCUGACAGGCAGCACUUAAAUGAUGACAUGCUGUCACUCAUCAGAUUUUGCAAUGAUCCAGAGGUAGAUACAGAGACAGACCUUAUCCUCCCAAACACACGAAACAAUUCAAGUGAGUUUCACUUAGAUCUUAUUGCACCAACUUGAAUAAUAUCUAAGCAGACCUUCAGCCAUCAUGUAGGAUUUUAGGUCCCCAUUCUGGCUAUUGAAUAUUGAAUAAGUUUCUUUUCUCGCUACAGAGCCAUAAAAUAAUUCAUGUCAUUGAGUGUUGUGUACGUAUAAUUGACAUUUCCAGAUAGUUUCAUGUAACAGAUGAUCUCUCUCUGUGACAAGCACUAAAUCAUCCUCUCUGGUGCCCAAAAUAACCAAUCACAUUAAUUUAAAAAACCAGCCAGUGUACGUGACAUCUUUUUGUUUACCAGACAAACAGACAAAGUCCUUAAUUUUCUGAAGCUUUCAAACAGGAUGUUCUGUAAAAAGCCUGCAGUGCUAGGUUUUAAAAGGUAAUAUAAAAAGUUGCAGAACAUCAUGAAGCUUUCCAAAGCAUUAUGAAAAUAAAAGCAGAGGCACACUUCUUUAGUUAAGUGUGUUAUGUAAUCUCCUCUCUAACUUCCAUAACCCCAAAUGCAUUAAAGAGGAAGCUUCGAACAUACUGCGGCAAAUUGUGGCCAUGUUAUAGACACUUGAACCCACACCCACUCUAAUGGGAGAAACCUCUCAAAGAAUAUGCUGCCCUUUGGCACAUUUCUUCUCCUUUAAUUAAUACCAUGGUAAUGACACACACUGCUUUAGUCUCACAGUACAAAGAUGGGAUUAAUAUCAGUGGCAGGAUAUGAACCAGAGGUAAUACAUUAAUAACUGAUGUUGGCAGCGUGGCCUCAGAAGAGUACUCAAAUUUGAAUAAAGCAAACAAGUGCUUAAGGACCCACUUUAGUCUUUCAAACCAAUGGUUGCCUGACUCUGCCGACACAAAGAAAGAAUGAAAGAGAUGCAGUAUUCCCACACAUGGCCUGAUUACCAUAAAAGCUGACCUGAAACAUGUGGGUACUUGAUGUUGCGGAGCGAGAGGGUUACAAAUUUAGGAUCCUCACAAAUUGCUGCAUACAGCGUGAACUGAAGGCCGGAGAGAGCGGGGUGACAGGAGAAGAAGAGGAUAAAGAGCCCUGACUGUAGCUCACAAAACAAAAUGAGAUGGAGCGUAAUUAUCCAACAAGUGCAUAAUGUGUCCACUGGAACUGCACUGGGUGACUCAAACUAGCGCUUACAUAAUUGGAUAGAACUCCUGAUUGUGAUCAAUUUCCUUUUCCUCAUGUUAACCGCUGCAUCACUUCUAAAUACUGAACUAAUUACUACUGUCUGUGGUGCUCUAAUGUGCCGUCCCGGUUUGACUUUGCCGUAGUGUGACAGAUUUUGGAAUAGUAUCAACUGAGAUGAGCGUGUAAUCUCAGAGUAUGAGUAUUCACCAGUGCUUAAUUAAGUAUAUAAUUGGCAUGCGGAUUAUUAAAGUGGCAGUCAUUACAGAGAUUUGUAACAUUUACUAGCUGCUCUCUAUUAAAAUGGAAAUGCGUUAAUGCGUAUAAAUCUAAUCUUUGUCCUGGUUAUCUCGAAGCUUAUAUUUUGUGACGUGUCAUAUUCCUAGAAAGAUUGUUGAAUAAAAUCAGUAAAUCCCACUGAGCAAUUUAUGGUCUAAAAGAGGUCUAAUAGACGUCUAAAUGUAGCCUAGAUGACUGGUCUAAAAUCAGGCUACCACAGGUCUAAAAUUGAAAGUUUUUUAAAAGAAGUUUAGACCAAGACGAAAUCUGGGCUAUAUCUAUACCACACUCUAUAUUGCUCAACAGCUAUCAUUAUUAUUCUGGUGAAGUACUUGGAGAUCAGUUAUGCAACUCACAGUUGCUUUUUGAAAUAAAUAGUUAAAGUGCAACGUCUAAAUUCCAUCUAAAAAUAUACAGAAUGUAGACGGAGAAAUAAGGUCUAGAAAAAUAGACGUCUAAAAAGGAUUAUGUUUAGACUCAAAUAUUCAUGACAGGCCUGAAGUUAUCAUUGCAUCAGUUUAAUAAAUAAGUUUCAGAUUAAGUCCAAAGUAGAUAUCGUAGAGUCCAGACUGUAAGUCACAAGGAUCUGGCUGAUUUGAUUGAGUUUGUGGAAAAGAUUUCAAGUUGACUGCAUUUAGACAGCAUGUUUUCCUGCAUGACAUCUUCUGUAGUGUUCAGCAAUGUGCAGUUUAUGUGCGGGUGUGUAGCUUUUUUUUUAUACUGUUACUGCCAUCCAGCACAGGGUAGUUGAGCUCAGCCUUUGGUGAGUUUAGUUUUGAGGUAAGGACAAACUCAAUGCCUGUAACCUGGGGUGACCAUAUGUCCUCUUUCACCCGGACAUGUCUGCUUUUUGGGGGGCUGUCUGGCAUUGUCAGGCUUUGUCCGGGGAAGUUUAUAAAAUCCUUGAAAUUUCCGCGGUAUUGUAUGGAAAUUUUGAAUUUGUGUCACAUGGACUUAGAGAGUUAGAAGCACGUAAAAGACACUCAAUCCGACCCAAAAAUUGUCAAAAUUAACUUAGUGCGACUCCAUGACUCCGCCCCCGCAUAGUCGUAUCCUCACCUACUGUAACCAGUUUGCUGAGAUUCCCUACCUUCCCCUUCCCGACCUCCCAUAGUCAGAAAAGUUCAAAUUAAAAGUCCAUGUCAUAUGCUGAAAUUUAUGGUCUGUAAAGAGCAUUUACUGAAGCUGUGGUUUCUGAUUUUUUUCAGACAUGCAUGGACAUUUUAGUGUUUCACCUCGAUUUAAAAUGAUGCAGAAAUAAUAAAAAAAGAGUGUCAGUUGCAGUAUAAAUGUAGGCGGGAGUCAAAUAGAUAGAUGUUUUUCAUUAUAGGAUUUUCAAGGCUCAGACAAAAUUGUAAUGUCACUGCACAAGAACUGAGAGGAUCCUCAAACUAAAUGGCAUCACUUUUCGGGCUUUUAUUAAAAAAGUAAACCAAGACAUGAAAAGAGAAGGAAAAAAGGAAACCACGUCUAAUGCAAGAUUGAAUGUUGACACAUGUUGUAUAGGUACAAGGAGGAGAAAUAAAGUGUUUUUCUGAUUUAUCAUUAGAGACAAGAACCGGUUCCAACUAGUUUGAGCCAUUGACAUUAUUUGCCUUUCUUAAUUGAUGCCUUCCAGUUGGAAAACAAUGAGGUGACACAUACCGGGAGGCAGUCAGCGGGAAUGACAACAAGGAGUCAAAUCGUGACAGACAGAAGAGAGAGGGGCGUUACAAAUAGCUGCUAUGUACAACCUAAUACUGUUGAGUUUAAAGUACCUCUUUUUUCAAAUAGAAUUAUACAACUUCCAGCAACAAAAACCUCCUGCUUCAAGAGACUGAAGGCUCAAGAUGAAGAGUGUGUGUCCGUGUUACAUCCAGGUGCUUUAAUGCGAACUGAAAACUGCUAUCUUUGUAUUGGUCUGUCGCUCAAUCAGAGGCUUUAUCUGCGAUCAGCUGACCUGUAAAGUUCCAAUCAGGAGUCAGGCUUCUCUCGCUCUCUCUCUCUCUCUCUCUCUCUCUCUGUCUCUCUCUCUCAGCAGAGCAUUCAAGGUUAUAAAACUUUAAUGAAAUUUGUGAUUGUUGACACAGAAAAACCGAACGGUCUACUUCUUCCCUUUUAGAAAAUCCACAGGAAUUGAUAAAGAACUGAUAUUGGCAUAGCUAUCAGUAUAACUUUUUUAAAAUCCCCAUCCCUAUUUAUCAAUAAACAGAGCGGUAUUUAAACAGAGACUAAGAAUUAAAAGAGGUGAUGUCUUCUGGUCCUUGUGUGCCGUUUGAAACAUCGAUCGGAUUUAAGAGGAAGUGUGAGAACAGACCCGAAGCCUUCAUAAAGAGUGCUCUCAGAGACUAAUCAGGGGGGAAAGGAAACACGUUAAAUUCCAUAGCUAAAUGUCAGGUGGCGCUAAUAAGGCGAGCUCUUUAUCUCUUGUUGAUUUAGCUUGUACAGGUAAAGUAGAGCGUGGGGACACACCAGGGAUGAAUAUCAAUACUUUCAAAAUAUAAAUGGCAGCGUCCUUGUUCUUUAGUCCUGCAGUAAUGAACAUGCAGUUAUAAAAAAUAAGGAUUACAUGCAUAUUUUUAUAACAAAUUAAAUGAAAUCAUUGAACUAGGAGUUAAGUCGAGCUUGGUGUUGUCUUUUCAAGAACAGCGUGUGUGCUGUUAAUGGGCUUUCUCUUUUCGUGCCUCACUAAAUACCUCGUGCAAAAUGAAAAGCAGUGGCAUUGAUUUAAUGGCUUGUUUAACUCAAUACACAUUAUCGCUCUCCCUCUAUCUCUCUGUCCGCAUUUUCUCUCCUGCAUCGAUGCGCGUAUGACAAAAAUGAUUUUAGAGCCAGUGUUUGUUUGUUUGUUUUAGAGUGUGUGUGCGAAACUAGAAUAGAUCACAAUAGGCCAAGUGUUAUACCAACUCGGAGCUUUUGCUAUAAAUUCUUGACAGUAGGAGGAGUCAUGUUCAUUUAAAGACCUCUAGAGAUGUCCUCUCCUCCCUUCAACCACCUCCACCACCACCACCCACCCACUACACACCUACUGUACCUCUUGGGGAAGAGAGACAAGGAGAGGAAGCAGGGAGGGAGGGGUGGAGGGAGAGAGAGAGAGAGGGACAGAGAGAGAGUGAGAGAGAAGAAAAACAAAUCAAGAGCCAUAAGCUCCCAGAAAUGAGCCUGUUGAGGUGUGAGAAACGGAGAGAGGGGAAAGAAAAGACAUGUACAACAAAGACAAGAGGGCGGAGAAGGACUUGAGUGAAAUUCUCCAGCUCUGUGACUGUGACGAGAAGUGGUGAGUCUUGAACUGUUUCUCCGGCGCUCAGCACUACCAAGCGAAGUAGAAGGGACUGCCUUUUUUUUUUUUUGUUGUUCUGUCCAAUAGGAGAAUCUUUCCCACAGGAAAACUGAAACAACUGAUAAGAGGCUUUAAAACAGAUUAAAAGACGCAAGGGUGGCUGCCGGUUUGCCAAAGCCAUGGAAGCUAACUCCAAGAAGCAUCGAUUUAGGAAGGGUCGGAGUGCCACCUUCAGCAUCGAUGGCUUUAACAUCACCAUAGGUAAGAGGAAUCUGCAGGGUAGGCAGGGCAGAAGAAAGGUUAAGUGUGUCUGCAUGCGAGCCACACACAUGAAAGUGAGCGUGCAUGUGUGUGACAGAAGAAGCAGAGUACAUGUGUGCGAGAGAGUGAGAGAGUGAGGCAGAGCUACUGAGGCGUUUUGCACACAGCGGCGGCAUCGUUAAACGCAUCACAUUUCAGCCUCUCUGCACAACUCGCCACAUUAGUCCAUUCUAGUGAAGUUGAUGCCUUCCCCUGUAAUGCAACUACACCAUGGAAACAAGGGCUUUCUGAGUAACGCUGUGUGUGCGACUGACGUCACCGGGUAUUCAGUCUAUUGUCAGAGUGUUGAUUAACUUAUGUGCUGCUGGCUGGGCUCUCCUUUUUUUUCUUUUUUUCUUUUUAAUUGCAGCGCUUGUGAAAACUCUCGAGCGAGUGUUGAACCAGUGUGAAAAGCAGAGGGAUGUGAGGAUAUGCUGUGCUGGAAUCCGUGGGCUUUCAUAUGGGAGUUUAUGGCAAGCCGUGACAGCUUUGUCAUGUACACAUCUGUGUGGAAAUAUCACGAUUAUAUGAUGAUAAACAACACUUUGAAAAUGGAUAGUUUCUUUAAACUUCUACAAAAAAGUUCUGAUAACACUUUACAAUAACCAGAACUUAUAAAAGGUAAAUAGACCAUUUAUGAAUGUUAAUCAGAUGGUUUAUAAUCAUUUAUAAAUAGCAUAUAUACCAUUAAUUUUAAAAACCUAACCCUAACUUUACAAUGACCAUCUAAAUAAUGUUUAUAGGUGGUUUAUAAACCACUUAUUAAUCAUUUACAAAGUAUUACAAACAUCAGUUGCAACUUUACAAUAACAUCUAAGUGAUGUUUAUAGAUUGUUUAAAAACCAAAUAUUAACCUUUUACAAAGUGCUACUGACACACGUUUAAAUCUAGAUGUUUUACAACCAGUAUUUAAACCCUAUUAAUAAUUAAUGAAAAUUAUUCAUCAAAAUUUCAUUGCACGUUAAUGGUUAAGUUCUCUUUUGUGAGGAAAAAAGUACAAAUUUUUAAGUGUAUCAAAACAUAUAACGAGAGAGCAGAGAGCCCACACUGAAAUGUUUGCCACACCCCAAUCAGUGUUGUCACAGCAGGGGUUUUUUGCCACAGCUGACAGUUACCACCUGCUGCGACAACACCGGGUCCAGGCUGAACAGCCGACAAGCUUUUAAGUUCCAGUGAACUGAAAGGAGCUUCGGCAUCAAUGCUGAAUAACAUUGUAAAGCUACUCAAAAGGAAGGAAUUUAACAUCUGUGCCAGUGUUCCAGCAUUUACAUGAGCAACAAGUGUUCAGUUAUAAUCAUAGACUGUAUGUAGAAUGGACGCCGUCUGCCUCCUCGCUGGGUGAAGCCGCUCUGAGAACAGCACCCUCUGGUGACGGGCUGCAGUAUAGGUCAUAAAUCCCGCCUCUGCCAGCAAAGCUUAUGGAGCUGUGGACAAACUUUAGAAAUUUAUUACACAGAACAUAAUAUUUUUCCCCCCUGCUUGCGAUGUUGACAUGUAGUUAUUGUAAGACUGGUUUGUCCUCUUUUUUCUGUGAAGCUCCGUUUUUAAAAGUUAUUAGGAGAUUCAUAUUUUCUAUGAUUGACACCUGAUACAACCUAUGAGCAUACAAGGAUUGUGUAGCUCACCCGUAGCUCACAAUGUUACUGUGCAAGUGGUUGAGUGUGUACAACGCUACUGCGUAAUGUUGGUUUUGGGAAGUGGAGAAAAAACGCGGAAUUACUGAGAGCUUUUUGGCUUCGAAUCUGUAUACUGACGGAAGGCGGAACCAAGUUGGUCGUAGUAUCUGCAGUCUAUGGUUUUAAUCUAUAAUAAAAAAAAAGUCAAUAUGUAGUAAAAGGACUAAUAAACAUGGUCCGGGUCUAAGUGACAUCACCCAUCGGUUUUGGGCAAAGUUUUGAGAGCGAGCGAUGACUGUAAUGCAAUUACUGACUCACCCAAACUUUCCAUCGACCUGCCAAAGAGGCUGAGUUUCGGCAAGCCAUUAACCUCCUACAAUGUGCCCCCCUCCCAUCACUGAGGUCACUCAAUUAUGCCUCAUUAUGCAAAACUUGAAGCCCUAAUCUGAAUCAGUAAUGAAUCAAAAAGAUUCACCUACUGUGUGAACAAAUAAAGCAAUUGAACAUUCAGACCAACAUCGUUUUCGUACCAGGCUGUAAACAUGUUUAUUCCUACUGUAAAAAACGGCUUUUUAAUUUGGGUGUUGGAGAAAUCUCUAGGGGGCUGACUGCACCAGCUCGGCAUGCACUAAAUCAGUCCUAUCUAACAUCAGACUCAGCUACCACUGACUCUUUCACCCAAACUUACACAGCAGGGUCUUUAUAUGGUUGGACAGGGAAGUAUGAAACUCAUAGAGAUGUGUAAACAAAAACAAACUCAGCACAAAUAAAUAUCAGCUGUAUUGACAGAUAAAUUGGGGAUGCUUGUUGCCAAAACCCUCAUUAGAAAGCAGCUUAAUCAUUGACGUACUAGGAAAGAAUUCCCCACUUUCACAGGACCGGGCGUCACUGACAGCUCAGAGCUGACAGCUCCAUCUAAAAUCUGGGACUGAUCAAUAGCUGUAGGGCAGGAACAACACCAUGAUUCUGUCCUCUUAAACUAAGAGAAAGGCUGUUUGAUUAUUUCAAAUACGGCUUAAUGUCCCCGCAAAAAGCUAAAAUCAACCUUUUUGUCUGGGUAGUGUAGCACUGAUUUUACUCUUCCUCAUCCUAGCACACUUGUAUAAAUCAAGUUAUUAGAUUUGGUGCCGGUGUGUUUUUAAAAGUUCUUUUUUCUGCAUCUGUCAUCUUGAUUAGGUCUCUUUGUCAGACUGUUCUCUGGUGCACAGGGUAUAACUUUCACUAACUCCCAGCUGUAGGUGAGAUGUAAGGUCUUUACACACUGGGACCGUUUUUUUCGUGCGAUUAUUGCCGACGUCAAUAUUUUUUUCCGAACCCGCAUCCUGUCAUUACAAGCGUUCACAUCAGCGACGUUUUCCCGUCCUGCGAUAUUGCGGCAUUUAUUUUUUCGUAUCACGGUCGAAUUUUCUAAAGUUUUGCAUACUGUGUGUCCACUUCUGACCAAUCAGAUUGCGCGUCGUUGCAACGUCUGAUUCACCGGUAUAUCCAACAUGGCCAACUGGCUGAUUGUUUACGUGUCAGAGAACAGAGUGCAUUUUGAUAAAAGAUACAAACAUUACAAAGGUAACAUAUGACAAUGGUUUGUGUGCUUUAACAGUUUGCUAAACGUCUUUGUUUUAACUUUCAUCUGUGCUAAGUAAGUGUUCAGAUACAACAUACCAUUUGUAUUUUCACUGUCUCAAACUCAAUCGCGUUGCUGUCACAGCACCAUUAGGUCUCGGUUGUUACCUUACGUUUAUGGAUUAUAGUUUAAUGUACUUAUCUGGUACUGGCCCUGACUCAGUACAUGCUAUCAUGACAGACAGACAUCUCAACACUAGAGUCUAAUCAGAACUGAAAAACAGACAGUCUGGUGUUGUGUCAGUCUUCUCGCUUCCACCCGGGACGCGUCCCCCCCCCCCCCCCCCCCCCCCGGAAAGUCGCAAAAUCACAUCGUGCUUGAUGUGUAUAGUCAGGCGCGUCAAAAUUCGCCUCAGAAUAUUUCGUAAUUUGCAUCGUUCCCGGUGUGUUAGGACCUGUAAGGUUACAGUCAGGCUUACGCACAGCUCCAUAGAAUUCGAAGUGACCCUCCAGUGGCGACUCGAGAAACUGUGGUUUGUAGCACAUUAGCUCUGACUUUAUAUUUUGACACCAGAAGUUGUUGCCUGAAUGUGAAUUGCCUCACCAUAUAUUGACCCAGUAGCAGGCAGCAGGUGUUUGAAAAACCAGAAACGGAAAUAAAGUACAUCCAAAGUCCGUCACUAUUAAUCUCAGUAUGUCACGUUGCGAGUUGAUUACCCCCUUACAGGAGCUUUAAUUGCUUUCAUUCAGUGUAUGGUAGAGCUUAUCAAAUGUCUUUUUUACUGUGUUGCAGAAUUUGUUCAUAGAUUCAUGUCAACAGUGUCAACAUGUCUAGUUGUGGUGCGACACGGGUCCCUCACUAAAACAAAUCCAUAGGUAAUGACCACUUACCUCCAUACCUUGUCUGAGCUUUAAAGAGCAUUACAGUGGCUUUAAGCUCAUUGAUCUGUUUUCACAGCCUACAGCUCGGGCUGUUUCGGUUCACUCACUCUCCUCUUAUAAACCUUGUUUUCAGAUGUAGCAGGCAGGAUAACAAGGUCGUGAUAAACCCACGCAAACCAGCCCAGCCACAAGCAGAAGUGAACAUGAAAUGAUGAAAUGUUGAACAUGGAGGAGAAUUUAGUAGCUGAAGAGCGAGAUAUUUCCCAGGAGUUGGUGGGAGAAGGGAAUCGAGCCAAAAGGAAUGAAUGAAAUUUUAAUUUAGAUUUGUAAGGUGGAGAAUCCAGUCAUUGAUUGAUUCUGUUCAGAGACGUACAGUUUGUAAGCAGAAGAACACAGCAGAGUUGAAAUACAGACUGCCUCACACACCAGCUACAGUAAAAACAGCUGUUUGAGAUUAGAGUCAAUUCAGGGACUCUUCUCUAGAUGUCUGUGUGCAGCUGCAAACUUAAAGCUACUGUGAGGGGUUAUUAACUGCCUGUGAGACAGUUUUCAAUUCAAUACUAACGUCUUUAUUUUGCCUGCAAAAGCCAGACUGUCAACAAGAAAAGCGCCAGCAUGUGUGGCUGCGUGAAAGAGGGCAGGAGGAGAGUUCUUCAGAGAAUACUAAACACACUUAGGUACAGAGCAGAAUCAGCAAAGAACCCACCAGAGGAACGGACACUGUUAGACCAAGGGCAAAAACACAGAACAACACGGGUCAAAACCUAAUCCUGAAUUUGCUUUUUUCCCUCUAGGCAGGUGAGGUGACUUCUGCAUCAUCCUGUUGUGAUGCAACUGACUUAUUAUGUAACAUUCAUGUCGGACUUUCUCCCAAGAUUUAUCUUCCUAUUUCCAUAAUAUUAUAAAGACGUAUUACUAUUAAAUAUUAAUAACUGUAGCCUCAUCAACACAAACACAAUUACCAAGCGGCUGACUGUGUUAGCUGUAGAUUAAACUUCUGAGCAGUCAUGUUGUCAAAACAAAGUUAAUUGUUGGAGCCUCCAUGUUUUUUUGAGUUUUUUGAGCAGAUAUUAUUCUUACAUGGUAAAAUUUCAGUUGUGUCUUUAUUUCGCUGACGUUUAACGCUAGAUCUUGACCAUAUCAGGCAUACCACAUUUAUCUACAGUAGGGUCCGACCGAUGCCGAUACCGAUUAUUAGGGGGGAAAAAAAUCCAAAUUUUGUUCCUUUUUAUUGCUAAAACAACCAAAAAAGAAUGACGUAUUUUGUUUAAAGUGCAAAAAGCUUCAAUCCCCCCGCCGAUCGGUGCCUCCGCGUCUCAACUCACGUUACUCAUUUCCCGUGCGGUUUCAUCUGGAGACAUGCAGCUGCCUCAGUAAGAGAAGUAGUCCGAUAACGUAAUGUGUACUGUUGUUUAUGCUAACGUUACCGGCACGGUAACAGUGUAGCAGGGCUAAUAGCAGAUGGCUAACUCUAACUUUAGGUUGAAUAUUACAUGGUGCUUCACCGUUACCUCGGCGUGACCGAGACCAGCACAGCGGGGAACAUCGUGAAGUGGGUUGAACUGAAACUUGUUGAUUUAUUGUGUUUUUCACAAACUGAUUUAUUUACCGUUGAGGCGGACCACUCUCCGUGCGUCCCUGAGCUGCCUGCUUCAGAUCCGUCACUCUGCUGUGCUGUGAGGUAGUUAGUGGAUGAAGAUUGUCAUGAGGUCGCUGCGCCAUUUACAGGAUAAGUCGCGGGAUCUUUUUAAAUGGCGGAACAUUUUUGAAAUGAAACCGAAUUUUAUUCACCGCAUUUUAUUUCUGAAAAUAUUGGCGAUAAUCAUUGAAUUUUGGCCAAUUAUGGAUUAGUCUCAGACUGGCUAAAAUUGGCCGAUUUUAUCUGCUCGCAGAUAAAUUGGUUGGACCCUAAUCUACAGCGGCUAUAAUUAGUUAAACAGAAUAAAAAACCUGUUUUGCUACCUUAAAGGUCCAAGGUUAGAUAUCAUGUCGUAGUUAAAGCUCCUGUGUGUGGAGUAUGAAAAAGACUGAGCUUAGCAGCUUUAGAAAAAACCUUGUUUUUAUGAUUUUCACAUAAAAUACAGUCAGCUCUGUCCACAAGAGCACCAAUAUUAACACAAACUAAAAGUUCCUUACUGUAGCUUUAAGUGACAGUUUUUAAAUGGUGCAGAUUGUCUUGUUUCUGUUUGAGCUUGAGAAAAGAGAGUACCUCCUUAAAUGGUUAUUUGUGAUACUUUUAUUUUGCUGUCUUCACUUCCUUGCAUUCAGGUUUCCUUGUUUCCUGUUAUGAUUUGAAGAAAAAGCUUCUUUAAUAAAAGCAGAAGCUGCUCGAUUAUAGGAAUAGAAAAACAUUUCAAAGAAAAAAUGGUUUGAUGCAUUAGUAACCUGGAAGAGGCGUUACCUCUCAAGUUGUUAAAGUUAUUUACUUGCAUUUUUCUUUCUCUCUGUUAAGAGACAGGCAGAGAUUGUACUUUGGCUUAUUGAUAGAAGAUGGGAUUCUUGUAUGGAUAAAAAAAAGAUGCUAUGGCGAGCUGCCCAGGUACUGUUUGUUUGUUUGCGGAUACUGCAGUGGACCUCAUGUGUAAAUCUUUACCUUCUGGCACUGUGACUACACCUGUGUUCAGUUACUCAAGUGGCCAACUGUUAUCGAUAUUUCAACCGUCGAUACCAAUAAUGUGGUAGCGGGUCGUCUGAUGGUCGAUAACGCCAGUUACGGUGCUGAUUGUAGCCCCGUAACAGCCUCUUCUCCUGUCGGAAGAGAUGGCAUAAAAAGGUCGUAGGCAGGUAGCGCCCUCUGAUGUAAAAAAAGGAUGUAGAGACUUUUUUAAACCAUGACAUAUUGUCCGAAGCAAAUCUAUCAUGUGUGUAUUGAGCAACUAUUUCAGUAUGCCACCCUGGUUUAACUCUCUGAUUCAUUUAUUUACAGAUCUGUCAUAUCUGGUUUCUAACAAUACAACUCAAAGAAUAGAUGUAAACCAAUCAACUCUUAUGUUGCACCCCCUCUAAACACGACGUAACACUGUCAAAAAACAGUAUGCUCCAAACAGACCUGGCUCUGGUCACCUUGAGUACUUUAUGUACACUAAACCAAGGCUCCACCUGGUGUUUCAUUCAGGAUUUAAUAUAUGCAGUCACUGAUGAGACAAAGCAAAAUGAAAUACAUACAAUAGCAUCAUAAUUAAUUUUUGAAUCAUCCCAAUACUCAGCUGUCUCAGGAGCUGCUGUUACACCCUAUAGCUGUUAGGUAUCAGUAAGGUAAAAAUAUUCUGAUAAAGAGAGGAAAGUUUCAGUGUUUGCAUUGUUUAAACUUGGAAAUGGAGAGAGUGCUGCAUUCAUAUCAUUUCCAUCUCUUUCAGCAGGCCUUAUGAAUUUUGUUCCUCCCACAUGAAAUACACUCUGGACUUUCAACUAGCAAAGAUACACCUUGUUACCUCCCGAAACCUGCCUUACUCACAUAUGGCCUAUAUCACAGCCGCACUAUUCACAAGCAUGGCAGUUGUCAUGGUAACCCGUGAGUGUCACAAUCAAUUGCUCACCAGGCCCAGGUUUCAGUCUGUGCAGUGUGUUGCCAAUCACCUCCCCUGAAGCGUGACUCCUAAGCACUGGUACCUCAUUGCCUGACUGGACACCUUCGUGUUUCGCUCCUCUAUUAAACUCGGAGCCUCCGCUGCAGCUGGCAGCCUCUGCCCUGAGUCUAAUUGUGCUGUUUAGUUAUGUGUUAGGGUUGUUAGCUCAGUGAUGUUUCUGUUCAUGCUGUAAAGGCUCAUUUUGGAAAAGCAGAUUUUAACUUAUCAGCUCAGCCUCAGCGUUUCUGUACGUGUACAUAUUCCUCUAUGUUUUCUCAGUUGCGUGAAUUACUCUUUCUUGAGCAGAAUUACCCAAAAAGACCGACAUUGGUUGAUUAAUUCCUUUGUUUUGCUAACCUAGAACAAAUACAGACUCUGUUUCGUGGUCCACUUUAUUGUAACUAAGGCGUUAAGUAUGAAGAUUCAUACUUCAAAUUACAGAGAUGAUGGAAAAACUCCCACUGACUUGAUAAUUAUUUUCAUCUAAUGAAACUUUAAAGGAUAAAAUUAAUUUAGGGUCAAACACAUCGUGUUUAUGGACUACAGCGGGGUGACGCAGCUCAAGGAAGAACAUUUAUGAUCAUUACUUGAUCAUUUCCUUGAAGUAAUAAUCAUCAUAAUUUUUUUUGGUAGUUCUUCUGCCUCAGCAUCUCAGUCUGAUUGCAUUUCCAUAAAGAAAUGAUCAUAAAUGUUCUUCCUUGAGCUGCGUCACUCCGCUAUAGUCCGUAAUGGACUGGCUCGAGGUCUCGCUACAAACAAUCGGCUGCUGGAGGAGAGUAGGUGAGUUGUGUUUAGUCUUUUUGCUAAAGAAAUUAGGCAAAGCUUAAAAGAUGUUUGGUGGCUAAUGCUAAUGUGGCUAAUAAGGACCCUAUAUAUACUGUUGAUGAAGUUAGGUGCUGUUCUGAGCAUUAUUUGUGGCUAUAGAGUGGCGUUUUGGUUGAGGUUUGUGUAUGACUCCUCAGACCGCUGUGUAUUGCUAUUGUGCGGUUGUUACUAAAAUUGGUAUAACUAGAGAAGCAAGCGGUCGGCAACAUUCAUCUCUCGAAGGGAUCUCUAACUCUGUGUUACGGCUCUAACUUAAUUUUACGCCGGAAUAUCCCUUUAUGCAACUUUUUUGUCAUUAACCAAAAGUUAACAUUUUUUGGAAACUGCAGCUUUAGUACAAUCAGCUAAACUAAGUUAACCAACCAAUGUCAAUACUCCUUACAUGAGUAUUGUGCGAGCAUGUUUUCAGAAAACUGAAUCUAAAAUCAACCGUACAAUGAACCCGCUUGAACCCGCUCAUCUGUGAUGUGUGGUAAUUUUAGCAUCCUUAUCUGAUAUUAGAAAUGCAAACCAAAAGAAAAAAGGACACUAAAAAUAUUUCCUAAUUAUACACGAUAGGAUUACAUUCAGUUAACUUGUCUUAUCACAGAUUGUUGUAUAACUAUGAUUAAAAUGUGACAGUCUGGUUUUGUCUCAGUCUCCUCUUUGCCAGGGAACUGACUGAAUCCAUUCACUUUAAUGGUACUUCAAUCAAGAGAGACAAGCAUAUGAAGUGAAGAUACUCAUUAACUAUAACAGAUGAUGUGAUAAUUAGUCUUGUCUGGGAGUUUUUGGCAUUUAAACUCUUGAGCUAGAUAUUAUAAUUAAAGGGUGUCCGCCCUAAGAAGCAGAGAGAUAAAUCCUCAGACUUCUGCUGGUUCUGAUGAUGCUGCGAAAACUGGGCAAUGUUUGGGAGUCACAGGCGCUUAAAAACAGCAACAUGAACAAAUUAAAAGGCAGAGAAAAACAGUUUAUAAAAGGCAAAAGCAGGUUUGUGAGCCAAGAGAGCAACACCGAAUGUUGGCAUGGAAAACAAAACCAGAACUGAAAAGGGAAACAUUCGGAUUAAAGGAUGAUGUAUUGGCACUGACAUGAGCGGUUGCGCUGAAAGAAGUCGAUCUGACAAACAUGACUUAAAUGAUUUUAUUUCUGAGUUGAACAUUUUGGUAAUUAUGCCUUUGUUAUGAUAAAAAUGAUACCCUUAUGUUUUUAUGGUCACAGUACUGUGUUGGGAAGGGAGAGAUUUAAUGGAAGAGGGAGUCCAAUACGAUCAAGCAGAAUUCGUAGCAAACCUUUAAAGGUCUUAAGUCGAUACAUCAAGACAAGAGUUUUCUCUCACACUCAUGUAAAAGGUUUCAUUUUGACCACAGCUCAUACACUGCAAAUGCUGUGGGUUGGAAGCUCAUAAAAAGUUUGAAAAGAUGAACUUGAGCAACAAAUAUUGACUAGAGCCAUGAGCAGUGAUGAAUAGGCCCUGGAACCUUUGUGCACGUUGGGGUGUGUUGCAACUGUCUGAUGCUGAGAAGUCAUUGGUGGUGCAGCAGCUGUGGCCAAGCUUCAGUGGGAGGUACUGUCACCUUGAACUUAAUGUUUUUGGAUCUGUUCGGGCCAGGGCUGUCAGCAUGAGUAAUGUUAAGCACAUAGGACAGUCGGGCACUGGCUUGUACUUACCAGUAGGUGGGGUUAUUAUAACUAUGACUCAGUUGUUAUCUGUACAUUUAAGACUGAAAGGGGAUCUAAAACUGACACACAAAUUGACAUUGACACACAAAUUAUUUUAAAACUUUGGAUUGAAAAUGUUGAGGCUACCUAUCAGGAUUCCACUUUUUUCUUGGCUCUGGCAUGAGGCGUGUGAUUUUCAUUCAUGUUAGUGAAACCCAGUGGAGGAACAGAAAACUUAUGAGAGAGUGCUGUGGCACUGAUUUAUUAAGAGAGCUGUGCCUGAGAAUAAGUAUGUGGAUCACAGUGAAAUUUAUAAUGAAAAUCGUCAUCUGAAUAUCUAAGUUUAGAGCACUGGCACUAUGAAGUAUCACAUAGUUAUAACUUCACUCUGGUUUCUAGGAAAAGAAGUUCAUGUUGUUUUGAUGGCCCUGAUAAUGAAGAGGGCUACGAAAUCAUGUGUUCCAGUCAAAACAGUACAAAAGUGUCACUGGUGGCAAAAUUAAGACGUUUACAUCCCUACAGAAAGUAGGGAAAUUGAUCUUGGACUUGGUAAAUGUGUUCAUUUAACUGCCUCCACUGUAAACAAAGACAUAAGAUGACAUGACAUGACAUGACAUGACAUGACAUGAUAUGUCAUGAAAUGAAAUGUUAUGAUAUGAUAUGAUAUGAUAUGAUAGGUUAGGAUAUGAUAGGUCAGGAUAAGACAGCAUAUGAUAUGAUAUGAUAUGUUAUGAUAGGAUAUGAUAUGAUAAGAUAUGAUAGGAUAGGAUAUGAUAGCAUAUGGUAUGAAAUGUUAUGAUAUGAUAUGAUAUGAUAUAAUAUGAUAUGAUAUGAUAAGAUAUGAUAGGUUAGGAUAAGAUAGCAUAUAAUAUGAUAUGUUAUGAUAUGAUUUGAUGUGAUAUGAUAGAAUAUGAUAGGAUAGGAUAUGAUAGGAUGGGAUAAGAUAGCAUAUGGUAUGAUAUGUUAUUAUAAGAAUAUGCUAUGAUAGAAUGUGAUUUGAUAUGAUAAGAUAUGAUAGGAUAUGAUACAACAAUGGUAUUUAAUACAGUACUAUAUUAAUAGGAUAUGAUACAAUAUAUUGCCCCUGAAGGGAGAUUGAUCGUAGACUUGAUUACAGCAUUCAUCUAGCUGCCUCCACAGUAUAUUAAGGCAUAUGUCAUGGUAUGAUAUGAUACAGUAUGAGUCUCUACAGUAAGAUACAAUUCCCCUUAUAGUACCUGUUGGUGAAUUUAUCUCGAGCUUGAUCACUGUUUACAUUCAGCUGUUGCCGUAUUAACAUUAGUCUGUAGAAAACAGCAAACAUAACAAUUAACAUGAUUAUUGAAACAGAAACACAACAUACCAUCCAUAAUCUCUCUGCCAGUAAUCCCUGACUGAUUCCUGCGAUGAAACAUGUCAAAGUGACUCCAAAUAGAUUAAAAGUUUUUGCCAAAACUUCAGAAGGAGUGCAGUGACAGCAUUUUUUUUUUCUAGUUUUAAGCUUAAAAAGUGCAAGGCGUGCAUUUACUUGAACUUAACAAGGCCAUGAGGUUAAUUCAAUUCAGGGUUUGGAUUAAGAGUUUACAUAUUAGGGUGUCCUCGGUCACCAAAGAGCAAAAGAGACGUCUCUAAAAUAUUUCACCCAGUCGUCACAGUCGUAUAUUUUCCAAUAACUCAGGGUUAAGUCAGGAUUUGUAAAGAUAAUAUCAAGAUGAAAUAAAACUGUCUCUCGGAGAAAAAAGCCUCCUCCCUUCACCAUCUUCUAAAAAAACCCUCUGAUGAUUGAAUUUACUCCACAUAGAAAAACGCUGUAAAAUCAGAUAAUACUUAAUACCUCAAAUCAAACAAUAUUGCUUGUAUUCAUCACAAGAAAAUGAUGAAGCUGCUUCAUGCUCAGCCAGUGGGAGAGAUUUAAUAAGGCCUACAAACAGCCCACAUUCAAACGUGUCCAUGACCUCCAACAGAUCACUGAUGCCUGUUUUCAUGAGGUGCAGCCACACACCUCCAAUCCACCUCUUAGCACAAAAACAUUUUUGCCGUUUGCCAGAAAAGACACGAAAAGGAAGCUGCCUCGCACUAAACUGAAGGUCAUGCUGCCUGUACUUCCUGUAAGCGUCUAUUCACUGACAUAAAUGGGGGAAAUGCAAAGAUACUAAGUAGUGAUCACAUGACAAGAGUGGAAAUACAGGAACAGGAGCAUGACUUGAAGGUGGUGGGGAGAGCAGUUGAAGGUAAUGACAGGAACAGGAUAUUAAAGCAUUUUAUCAACCGGAUUUUCAUGGGAAGAAAAAAAAGCUUUUGUAAAUUUAAUGAAACUGAACAAAUUUGUUGUUAUUCAAAGACAGCGGGAUGAGAAAGAAAAUAGCUUCUGGGAGAUUUUAUUUAAAGAGAGAGAUCUGCAGAAUGAGCUCGGUCACCAUGCGAGUCCUCAGAUCUGGCGUCAGUGUGGAUAAGCCUGUUCCUCUGUGUGUGUUGUGGAUUUAGGAUUUAGAGUUCUGGGCACUUCUCCUUCUCCUGCACCAUCACAGCUGCUCGCUUUUGAACUGUACGCCGAUGACAAGCCUUGUGAGGAUGCAGAGUUCAUGAUUUCCAAAAAGAAUGUCAGUUCAUCACUAGACGAGUUGUUUAUGGUUCACAUUGUACAAUUUCAACCAGCAUUUGUGGACGCAGUGAUAAACUGUGUCCACAGACAACUGGUUCUGGAAGAGAUUUGGAGCCCAUGCAGUGAUUACCACUACAAAGUCAUAUCUGUUUGGACCCCCGAGUGCUGCCUGAGGGUGCCAAAGUUCAUGACUAUCCAGCUUUGGCUUGUGGUUUUGUCCAUUUUGUACAGAAAUUCAGAAAUUUUAUGAUGGACCCCUAUGAAUUCCUUGCUGUUAAAUACUCAGAAAUUAUAGCUGUUUUCUCACAUUGCUUUCCACAGAGAGGUGGGUUUCCUUUCAGGUGUUAUUACACAACUUUUUAGUGUUUUGUUGCUUCUGCAUUCAAAUUUAAAGGGAGCGUACACUUUUCCCCAAACAACCAUUUCUGUUGGUAUGUUGACUUUGCUCUAUAUUUUUUUAUAUUUUUAAAGAAAUACAGGGUCUAGACAAUUUUCAAACAUAAAAAAACUUGUUUUUAUCAACAAGUUUUCCAACUAAAAAAAAAUUGGAUCAAAAUGAAAAGAUGAAUCUGUGAUUGAUGUAGAUUUAUUUAUACAAGCACAUUGUGGAAGAAACAUCUGAAAUCUGUUGCGAAAGUUUUUUCUAGAACUUAGAUACAUUUUUUUUUUCUUAAAAGUUUCUUUAGUUGAAAGCAGAACUUCCUUUGUCACCUUUGAUUCAGCUCUCACACAUCCUCUCCCAGGAAGUCCACCAUCUCUCUUUUUUUACCAAACUCUCAGCUAUCACAGGUAAUCCCUAAUGAGAUAUAUCCAAUGGAUUCAGGUUCAACUUGUUCUCUUCAAGGGAGAGAAAGUAGUGACGGUGUUGGAGCAGGUUGUAAACAUGUUGAUUCUGAGACUGACAUGUUUUGUCCUUAAGUCUGCUCUAUUUCAGGGGGUAUUAUCGCAGGCUGAACCAAAAUUGGCCCAUCAGUGUUUCGACUUUAGAUCCGCUUUAUCUGGAGAUGGUGUGAUUCUCUACAAGAUUGAAGCUAUAAAUAAAGUUGAUUCCUGUAGCAGAACCUUGAAAUGGGUCCUAACGCUGCCUUGACCUGUUGAUCCCUCAGUUGACUUGUUGGCGCUGGUCCACCAGUUAAAAAAAAACAUGGAUUACAGUAACAGGAAAAUCCUCUACAAACGUAAUUGGCGGACACCUGUGGAACAAUGUGAUUAAUCAUGAGGGAACUGCGGGUUCUCUUUCUGUUUCACUUGUGUUUUUAUCUCCCCAUCUGACUCAUCCAGAAAUAUUAAGAGUCAAGAGUUAUUAAAGAUUAUUAAGAGACGUGUUAUCAUUAUUAAUGUUGGGCUUGAUCCUCCACAUUCGGCUGCUUUGGCUAUCUGCCAGAAGUUCAAGGUUCAAGUUGGUUGAGGUGAGUCCAUUAGUGAGCCCCCAGUUGGAGAACAGUCCAGCACCUGUCCGUAAGUUAAGCAUUAAGAUAAUCCCUGCAGGUAAAAUCACAUUUCACUGCUGUCCUCUGUAUAUGAUAUGUGUCUGGGUAAAAUUAUACCAUAUCAGGAAGCUGAUAUAGAACUGAUAUAGAAAUUUACAACAAUAAACAACACCAUUUUGCCUGUAUCGGUAUAUUCUGAGUCAAAAAAUAGAUAAAUAAAAGUUGGUUUUGGAUGUGUGUAGGUAGGCUAUGGUCUCAUGUCCCUUUAAGACGCUGUCAGAGACGUGACUCCACCCCAUCCAAUCUGUAACAAAGAGGGAAAGACAGGUGAGGAGAUGGAGGACGGUUCAAAAGUUGUAGCAGCUAAAGUAGACGAAGUUAAUGUGGGAGGGGGUGAGCAGCUUGUUGAGUAGUUAUCUUACAUUUAUCGUUAUCGAGGUGAACUGCUCAAUAUAUUGUGAUAUUGAUUUGAGGCCAUAUCGACCAGCCCUAUGAUCCUGUGUAGAAAAUAUUAAAAGACUGUGAUGUAGUGAAGUGAAGGAAACCCCAGUCAGACCCCAACUAAAAAUAUUAUCUUUACAGUGGUAUUAAGGAAAGGUUUUGGUCUCUCUACCUACUUUCUUCAUCCCUGACAUCUGAACAGGAAGUGAAUUUUAAAACACAUCUGUUUCGAUGUUUCACAAGGCAAAACAAAAAGGUUGAUGUCACUGAGAGUACGUCAAUCAUAAAGGAUCUUUAAGUUAUUUAGUAAUAAAAAAUAUCCUUGAAUGUGCUUUAGUUUAAAAACAGAGAUGGACUUUUUUUGCUUGAACAGCAGAGAUGCUGUGAACUCCACCAUGUCUGCUCAGAGGAGGCAGCAGAUAUUAUUUUAGUGCACUCUGGAGUAAAGUUUUUCAUAAGGAGAUUAUAGCCUGUACCUGGUUGUUACCUGCACAUUCAUGACGUACAAUGACGUCUUUUUCAUGACAGUGACCUUCAUUUAUUUUGAAGGGCACGUGGGUUUUACCGAGAACAGCCAAUUACCUUGGAAAUAUACAGAUUAUAAUUCCCUCAUUUCGCUCACAAGUCCUCCACACAGAUUAAUUUCUCAGUCAAAUUUGAAAACCUGUGACCUCUUAGAAACUCUGUUAAUGAGUCUCUUAGAAUCGACCAUCUUUGUCUUCAGUGCUGUAAAAAGAAAAACCUCAACGAGACGGGCCAAGUCUUUCACUCCCCAGCCUUGAAGUUCAUCUAAAUGAUGACAUUUAUGAAGACCCAUUUCCUGUGAUGACUCAGACUCUCUUUUCUUGAAAUGAUAAUCGUGAAAAAUUACAGGGAGGGAAACUUGAUUUAUUAUUCACGGAUGGAUAAUGGCUGCUGCUUGAAAGAACAGCGAUAACUACAAAUCCAGAGUUGGACCUUUUAUUUUUGUUCAUGGAUUGAAAGACUGAUCAGUUGAGGUAAAUAUUCCUCAAAACAGACUUCUCUUCAACCUAAACUUGAUUUUAAACCAGCAGUAAAUAAAACGGAGGUGUGUACAAGGUGUCGACAAAGAUUAUAGUACUUCUGCAGUCCCCCAAAAUCGCACUCAAACACAAACCUUGGGUGAAUGCCUGACAUAUACACAUAUAAAAAUACACACUGGAGCCAGAGUUGAAACUUCAUCUAAAUGGAGAUAUCUGUAUAUAAUGUAUAAUUUGUUCUGACUGUGUGAAGAAGGAAUGAUAUCCCUUCAAAAAAACUGCCCUGAUAGUUGCUACCAUUGAAAUCAGUCAAAAUAGCUACACUUGUUCACUUGAUUCAUUCAGGGAUUCUGGUUAUAUUUUAAUUCUGUUUGACACAAAGGGCAGAUUAUUUCUGACUUGUCUAGAAGUUUUUAAAAAAGUUGAAUUUGCUCUUCAAAAGCACACUUGUUAUUUUCCUUCACAGUGGCAGCAGGAAGACUCUGGUGUGUUUAGAGGACAAACAAGCCCAGUAUUAAGUCAUGUGACAAAUUAGACAAAAGUUCAAACAUUUUUUAUAAUAUUGAUUAAAAGUUUGAUUUGUGAAAAGUCAAUACAGUAGCAUAAACAACAUAUAUCUUUUUAAAUAUAUUGCAUGUCAACUGUGAAUUGAACACAUAAACCUAUAAUAGUCAAUCUUAUUAAUUCAUUGUCUUGUUAAUAAUGUAAGAGUUCAACAUGAGCGUGUUUAUGAACCACAAUCCCUGCUAACACUUGAUUUCUUUCAUUAUUUUUCCUUCCCCCCCCAGUGGCAAAUGAAGACGCGGAGAGCUCCAACAGACCACAAGCCAGUUUUGCUCGUGAGUGUAAUGUUCGUUCUUUAUUAGUCAUGCUUCAUUAUUUAUCACUUCAUUCAUUUCAAACCAUUUCACCUCUCAGAGCGCGUAAUUAAGGGUCAUUUUACCCGGGGUUAAUGGCAUAUUAGCUACAGAAACUUCUGAUCGCCGCAGAAAGAUAGAAAGCUUAUAAAACGCAGCAACGAGACUUUCUAUAAAUACAUUUACAGUGAUUUUUCAUCAAAACACAGAUCCUGCAGACAUGGGUUUUGUUGUAAAAGCAUGAAGGGAAAUGACUGAUGACUGUUUAAUGAUCAAUUAUGAUAUUUUAAUAUAGAUAAUUUGCACUAUUAUCUUAAAAACACGCAUUACCUUUGGCAAAUAUUUAAAUUCUGAGUGUGUAAAAUUUGAGGGUCCAUCAUUAUCUGCUCACUGUGCUGAGUGUGCUUUUUAAAGACUCAUUGGUACUGACAACAGACAGCCACACGGGGGCAGCAUUGUAAAAGCACUCAAUAGUUUGGCUCCCUCAUUGAAAAACCAUGUACUUCCCAAGGUGAUUUACAGUCCUGUUUUCUGUGAGAUAAUGUAAACAAAGUACAACCUAGUAAACAAAACCCCGUAACUGAUGGUUUUAUGCAAAGCGAUAUAAAUAUAUCUCGUGUUUGUUGUUGUUUUUUUUCCCCCUGUAGGCUCAAAGUCCCAGAGUGCUUUGUGGAAUGCCAUCACGGCGGGGAUGGGGAUCAAAGGCAAAGAGCAGAAGGCCCCCCUGAAUGACCCUCGGAGCCCCGAGGAGAUUCUGGCCGACGAGCUUCCUGCAGCAGACGAACCAGAUGCCACAGAGAAAACAGCCAUCAGGUUCGCCGCUCGCUGUUUUCGGUUUAUUGUUAAUUAUAAUGAAGUGGCUCCUGUGUGCGCGCUGCAGCAGGACAUCGACAGCCGUGUCCAACUCAUUAUCCCACAAGCUUCAUUUGCAUACAGUUGA